CUUAUUCUAGGUGCAAGGAGUGUCGCCCUCUAUCGUAAAAGUAAACAAACUCCUGCAAACGAAAACACAUGGAAUGAAAGAAGCGGUGGAUGACUGACAUUGACUUUCUUGUACAUUUAUUAUUUAUAAACCUUAACUUACAGUAUGAGUAUCGAAUCAGUCGAUGUGGUGGGUAAUAAAUUCAUACUACUAAUAGUAUUAGACUCUUGGUCUAAAUUGCCUUUACAGGCAUUGUUUUGUGCAGGUUUAGCCUAGGCCCUUGUACUUUAGGCUGGUUAGUGGAUCACCGGCCCUGCUCUAGCCCCGGCCACCUGCCGUUGUGCCUAUUAGGCCUACAGAUUUUGUAGAGGGAGACAGGGAGAGGACUUAAUUAUACAGUACUUGUGAGUAGGUCUGCAUUAGCGUUCAUAAGUAGAAGUUUGAAAUGGAGAAAUCAUGUUAAAUAAAUGUAUAUUCAUUAUGCUUUAAUUGUGUUUCAGUAUAAAAUUUUACCAGUGCACAAUGCAGGCAAAUGGCUGAAUGAGUGUCUACAGUCAAUUCAAGGUCAGACGUUUAAGGAAGGAAAGUUCGAAUUGUCCAUUUUUAAUGAUGCCAGCAAGGAUGAUUCAAUAACAAUUAUAAAUUCCUGGAAAGAUAGGUUGAGCAAUGCUGGCAUCCAUGUGAUUGUAAAUGGACACUCUUCUGAUGCCCCUAAAGGAGUUGGCUUUGCCAAAAACCAAGCAGUAGCUAAUAGCCGUGGAGCUUUCCUGUGCUUCCAAGAUGCUGGAACCCCAGAGGAUCUGUUGUUCUUUCUCAAGCACUUGGAACUUGGGGGCGGUGUUUAUCGUGUUGAUGAAAAUUUGUUAACCUACAGGUAUCACCCAGACUGCGCCACACAUUCAGUCCACAGAGACACCAUUUGGGAUAUUAGAAUAGAGGCAAUACAGAAACGUGUAAUAAAUCAAUGGAAACAAUUUACAAUAUGGAAUGCUGGGAAGGAAGGCAGGAAGUUUUACAGGUCAUUGACCCAAAAAAACAAGGCAAAGGUCAAAGCAUUCUGCGAUGUAGAUGCCAAGAAGAUUGGCAAGGUGUACACAUACGAAGGAUCUAAGGAACAACCAAAACCAACAGUUCCUAUUGUACAUUUCUCUGAUGCAUCUCCUCCAUUUGUUAUAUGUGUGAAGAUGGUGAGUUGUCUGUCUCUUAUACACAUCUAG